GACUCUCACGCAGCCGUGCAAUACGGCCAUUUCUCCACGUCGAAGCUGCUGCUUGACAGGCGGGGAGAUCCGUCCCUUGCCGACGACAAGUCCAGGUCGCCGCUGCAUGCGGCUGCGAGGUACGGGCACCUGGUCACGUCCAACAUCCUCAUCGAGGCCGGAGCUGAAAAGGAGCUGAGGGACUGCAGGGGUCGAUCUUGCAUGCAUCUGGCGUCUGAGAACGGGCACCCUGCUUCAGUCUCCAUCCUGGCAGACAAGGGCGCCGAGAUCAACGCUCGGGACGACUCAGGUCACACUCCGCUCCUCCUCGCCGUCGCCACUGUCAGUCUGUAG